AUGUGGUGGGGCGUUCUCAGCUUGCUGUGCUGGGUCCCGUUGCAAGCAGCCUCGCUGACCAUGGAAACCAUCACAGUGGAGGAAGGCCAGACACUCACCCUAAAAUGUGCAACUUCUCUGACGCAGAAUGCCUCUCUCCAGUGGCUGGCCCCUUCCGGGUUUACCAUUUUUUUUAAUCAACAUCCUGCUUUAAAAAGUUCCAAAUACCAGCUUCUCCACCACUCGGCCACAGAGCUCUCCAUCCGGGUGCCCAAUGUAACUCUGCAGGAUGAAGGCCUGUAUAAGUGCUUACACUAUGGAAGUUCCGUGAGGACGAACCAAGUGAGGGUGAUUGUGUUAGUGACUCCUUUGAAGCCGACUGUGGAAGCUUUGGUUCUCAGAAGGCAGAACGGUGAAAAACAUGUUGUACUGCAAUGCUCCACAGAGAGGAGCAAGCCCCCUCCUCAAAUCACCUGGCUGCUGGGGAGUGGUAUGGAGAUCUAUGGCGGACUCCACCAUGAGUUUGAAGCUGAUGGGAAAACCUGUAACACCACCAGCACGCUCAUAGUCCACUCGUAUGGCAAAAACUCAACAGUGCACUGCAUUAUCCGGCACAGCGGCCUGCAAGGAAGGAAGCUGGUUGCCCCCUUCCGGUUUGAAGACUUGGUUGCAGAUCAAGAAACAGCUUCAGAUGCUCCGGAGCAGAGCUCUCUCAAGUCUCAAGCCCCCCAGCAGCCCACGAGUAUGGUCUCAAUGAUGGGAAAUUCCAGUAUACAAGAGAUUGACGAGGAAGAGGAAGAACAUGUCACUCAAGACCCUGACUUGGCCACCGAAGCCAGCGCUCAGUACAUAGGCCUGGAGAAGAGGAAGAGUGGCAUCCUGCUGCUCAUCCUGGUGUCCUUCCUCAUUUUCAUCCUCUUCAUCAUUGUUCAGCUCUUCAUCAUGAAGCUCCGUAAAGCACACAUGAUAUGGAAGAAGGAAAGUGAAAUUUCAGAGCAAACUCUAGAAAGUUACAGGUCAAGAUCCAACAAUGAGGAAACAUCUUCCCAAGAGAAUAAGAGCCAGACUUCACAGCCUAAACGUUGUAUGAACUACAUCACUUGGUUAUACUCAGGAGCCAAAACAAAGAGGAAGGAGAAUGGGCAGCAUUGGAAACUGGAAGGCAAGAACAGUCGUGUCCCAGAGAGUAUUGUUUAAGUGUUCCCUGCCACAGAAGACAGGAUUUCAGGGCAGCUGGAUAAGGCCCUGGAAAGGAGCAUAAGUACUGUGGCAUGAAAAAAAUGUCCAUUGAGUACAAUUCAGGACAGUGUCCACUGAGCCAGGGCAGCCACAUGAGGACCAAGCCAUGGACAGAAAGCUCCUCAUUGAAAGAAAAACAUCGAAAGAACCUAUUAUGACUGACACUACUUCAGAGCUAGAGAACUCUACUAAAGUCUUUUGGAUCAGGGUCAGUAUGACCAGCGAACAUCUGACCUCGAAGGGAGCAGUAGGCAGCAGUUUUUAGACAUGGGGCUGUAUUGGAACUGUUUAAUUUGGUUUAAAAUCUUUCCUUCCGGUCAAGAA